AUGAGUCUAUCGUUGGUUCGAGAUGUCCUUAGAACAUCUUCGUCGUCCUUUGCUGGGCCUUCGAAGCGAGUGAUAUUACCUAGACACCGACAAUUACCUAUCAUAACCAUACCACGAUGUCCAAUUCAUCCUUAUUCUUCUGCUUCAACCUCAACAUCAACCUCAAGUUCAUCGAGCACGAUCACUAGUGCUUCUCAGGUCAUCCAGAAACCUCAACCUCACCAACAUCCAGCAUUCGAGUCUCUUGCAACGGGAUUAUCAGCUAGUCAACCUUGUUUCGGUGCAAGAGGAGAUGAAGUUGAAUUAUUGACUUCUCCAGAGAUGUUCUAUGGUAGAUUGAUAGAAAUGAUCAAGAGAGCCAAGAAGAGAAUAUUGAUAAGUAGUUUAUAUAUUGGAACGGAAGAAGGAGAAUUAGUAGAAACAAUACGAAAUGCCCUAGCUUCCAACCCACAAAUACGCGUAGCAUUCAUACUGGACUAUCAUCGAUCAACAAGACUAUCUUCUUCUUCUUCUUCUUCUUCUUCUUCUUCUUCCUCUACAUCUACAUCGUCGUCUUUACCGCCUUCAACAGCACAUCUACUGUUACCAUUAGUAGAAGCUUUUCCUGAUAGAUGUGAAGUAUGGUUAUAUCGUUCACCCAAACUACGUGGUAUAAUGGAAAAAAUCGUUCCGGCUAGAUAUGAUGAAGGAUGGGGAACAUGGCAUGGAAAAUGGUAUGGUGUAGAUGAUGAAGUUUUGAUAAGUGGAGCAAAUUUAGCUUCAUCAUAUUUCACAAAUAGACAAGAUAGAUAUAUACAUUUUCGAUCCAAUCCAUCAUUACUAUCAUAUUUAACAUCAUUAACAAGAUUAUUCACUCAAUAUUCAUAUUUAUUGCAUCAUUCACCACCUGCACAUAUCUCACCUAUGUAUUCAGUCCCUCUACCUAAUCCCACGAUGUCUCCUACUUCCUCUGCGUCAUCUUCGUCGCCGUCUUCAUCGAACCCGAAUACGAAUUACAACUCAAAAGCAACGUUAAUCUGGCCUAGCGCUUCUAUACAUCCCAGGAAAUUUCAUACACAUGCUUUAGCUACUCUAACUGCAUUUCAAAACUCAUGGAGGGCAUCAAAUGCAAGUAGAUCAAGAAGGGUCGAUGUAGAUACUUGGUUUUGGCCAGUGAUUCAAGCCGGUGUAUUAGGUAUAAAAGAAGAGGAAAAGGCUUUGGGUAAAGUUUGGAAAGCUGUUAAUGAAAGUUACCAAGGUGAUGAAGAAGGUGGGAGAGUAGAAGUAGAUUUAACAAGUGGUUAUUUCGGAUUAUAUAAUGAAUACAAGAAACAAAUAAUUGAUAGUCCAGCUCCCGUCAAAGUGAUAGCUGCCAGUCCAAAAUCGAAUGGAUUUUACGGAUCUAAAGGAUUUUCGAGACUGAUACCUGAAGGUUACACUUUACUCGAGAGCAGAUUCCAUAGGGAAGCAGUUAAGAGAGGACGAGAAUGGGAUUCGGAGAAGAACGUUGGUGUGAGGUUGAAAGAAUGGGAAAAACAAGGUUGGACUUAUCAUUCCAAAGGAAUAUGGUUGUCGCCAUCUUCACCACGCUCUAAUCCGUUUUUAACGUUUAUUGGAUCAUCAAAUUUAUCUACAAGAUCAUUGACUUUGGACACUGAAUUAUCAAUGUUGAUGAUGACUUCUUCUCCGUCGUUACGUAAAGCCCUAGGUCAAGAAGUCAUCACUUUGGAUAAGAACACAAAGGACGUCGGAGAAGAGACUUGGACGAGUGAAGAGCGGAAGGUCAGUUUACUAGCUAGAGUAUUAGUGGCAUUGGGUGUCGAAGGGAUGCUGUAG